AUGAAGAUACAUCGCAUGGACCCACAAGAUCCUAAUUCUUUUCGUCAUAAAUUUUGUUUUGUCAAUGGAAUUACUUAUCUAUCUAAGGGUUUUAGAGUAAUUGCACCUGACCUUCGAGGAUACGAUCAAACUGAAUGUAUUGCAAAAUUUGAAUUCUUUACAUUAAAUACAAGGGGUGCUUUUGUAGUUUGGAGAAUGUGUAUUUAUUAUUCCGAACGAGUCCGUGCUGUAGCUAGCCUUUGUAUUCCUUACAUUCCACCUAACGACACGUAUCUCAGUAAUGAGGCGUUUGCCGAAAUUUAUCCACAGUUUGAGUAUAUGGUUUAUCUUUCUCACCCAAAAGCCGAAAUUGAGUUAGAUGGCAAUCCAGAAGCAUUUUUAAAAGCCGUUUAUCGUACUUCGAAACCAGAUGACUCGCGUAAAAUUUAUGAUGGAAAUUCUAUGACAGAACAGCUAUUGAAGGCAUAG